AUGGAAGGUUCCACCCAACGCGUCAGUGUUGUUGUAUACAUCCUUGUCAUCAUGUUCGGGGUGGCGUCCUGGGUGGACAUCAAUGGUUUGUGGGUGGAGCUACCCAUCAUGGUCCAGGAGCUUCCAGAGGGGUGGAAUCUACCCUCGUACAUGGUUAGCCUAAUGCAGUUGGCUAACCUAGGACCCCUCAUCUUCACACUGACCAGUGUCCAAUGCCCAGGACGUCUUUCCGAGAAGGGGACAAUCUAUUUUAUCAUCACCGUAGGAGCAUCAGCGUGCGUCCUCUUGGUGUUCUUCUGGAGAGAGACAGCGGUUAUUGGUGGCGUUCGGCACAGUGUAGCAUUGUUGAGUCUUAAUUUCUUCCUAGCUUUUGUUGACACCACGUCUUCGGUUGCAUUUCUCCCUUUUAUGGCCAUAUUUAAACCUGCAUACAUGACGGCGUAUUUCAUAGGCGAAGGCUUCAGCGGACUCCUUCCUGGACUGAUGGGCCUCGCUCAGGGAGCCGGUCGUGUCGAGUGUGUUAAUCAUACUGUCAUCAACAAUGUUACAAUCAAUGGAACCUCUUUUGAAAAAGAAGCCUAUCAUGUAAGACCAUCCUACGUCGACAACAACUUCUCAAUUGAGGUCUUCUUCGCCUUCAUCGGCGGCAUGAUAGUGACGUCGGGGAUCUCGUUCACACUGCUCAGCUACCAUCCUCGAUGUAAAAGGGAAUAUGCAGCCUGCCCACCAGCCGCAGCCAACGGUGAUGAUGACACUGACAUUAAUGCUAAACUCAACGAUUGUAAUGGUGAUGAAAUUGACGCUAAACUCAGCGACUGUAGGAAAGGAGAUCGCCAUCUUAUUGCUACACUCGUCGACUCUGAAGAUGAACGGAUUGCCUUCCGGAAGGUCGGUAAAUUACCCAGUGUUUCUACUGAGGACUCACGGGGGAUGACGAGACUAGAAUACAUGGCUUCGCUGCUUCUAACAGGUUGGAUAAAUGCUUUGACAAACGCGGUACUCAUAUCGGUGCAGACCUAUUCGUGUCUACCCUACAGCACCAGCACGUACUAUCUGACUGUUACCCUAGCCAACGUAGCCAAUCCUCUGGCUUCCUUCAUGGCGUUCUUUGUGUACGUCACUUCCGUCCAUGCGCUGUCGGUCCUGUCUCUGAUUGGUUCUCUACUCGGGGUGUACAUCAUGGCUGCUGCGGUUAUGAGUCCGUAUCCGGUUCUUGUGGGAACUGACGUUGGUGGACCUCUGAUGGUGUCAGUUUGGGUCGUCUGUGUAUUCAUCCUCACCUACGCGAAGGUAUCACUGGCGUCGCUCUUCAGGGCGGAAGGCAAGAAAGGUCUGCUUCACUGUGGCGUAGCAACACAAGUCGGCUCCGCCAUUGGAGGUGUUUCCAUGUUCGUCUUCGUCACCAUACUUCAUCUCUUUGUCAUGGUUUACCCGUGUUCAUGAGCUUCAUCAGA